GCCAUGACCGUUGCUGUUACAGAAACAGGUCAGCUUUGUAUGGGUACAGAUUUUUCGAGCUUCGCAGUAAUCGUAGCAUCCGAGAUGGCAGAGAGAAAUCACUCCUCCGAGUUCCUUUAAUAUGCUCCCUGUGGAGGGGAUAAGGGAACCACCGGACCAGUCUCAAAAUGACCACCGGCUUCAGCUCCGGUUCCUGCCGGUUCGCAGAUUAUUUUGUGAUCUGCGGACUCGACACCGACAGCGGGCUGGAACCCGACGAACUGUCCGAGAUAUCCAUCAUUUGGAGUCAUGCAAACAUCUGCCAAAACUUCCCCCAUCAGCUUUAUGCCAGUAUAUAGAAGCUACUAAAUUCAGAGAUGGGGCCAGAGGAAAUUUGGCACAAGAAGGUGAGAAUUUUGAGCAGAGUCCAUUGCGGAGAACCUUUAAAUCCAAAGUUCUUGCACAUUUUCCUGACAAUGUCGAGUGGAAUCCGUUUGACCAGGAUGCAGUGGGCAUGCUCUGCAUGCCAAAGGGUCUGGCCUUCAGGACGCAGGUCGACACACGGGAGCCUCAGUUCCACUCCUUCAUCAUCACCAGAGAGGACGGCUCGCGGACCUAUGGCUUCGCUCUCACCUUCUUCGAGGAGGUGACCAGCAAGCAGAUCUGCAGUGCCAUGCAGACUCUUUACCACAUGCACAAUGCAGAGCAGUACGACAUCUUGCACACUCCAACCUCGCCAAAGGGACCUGAGGACAUGCGACACCAGCACUCCUCUCAGCCUCGUCCUGUGCUCCACGCCGCGCCCGCCAUCUCCCGCCUGCAGCGCUUCAACUCCUACGACAUCAGCCGUGACACGCUGUAUGUGUCAAAGUGCAUCUGCCUGAUCACACCCAUGGCCUUCCCUCAGGCCUGCAGGAAGGUGCUGCAGCAGCUUCACCAGGCUGUUACCUCCCCCCAGCCCCCGCCCCUGCCGCUGGAGAGCUACAUCUACAACAUCCUCUAUGAGGUGCCCAUGCCGCCCUCCGGACGUUCACUCAAGUUCUCAGGCGUCUACGGGCCUGUGGUGUGCCAGAGGCCGAGCACGUCGGAGCUGCCUCUGUUUGACUUUGGCAUGAGUGAGAUGUUUGAACUGCUGGGGGUGGAGAACGUUCUCCAGCUGUUCACCUGCGCCCUGCUCGAGAUGCAGAUACUGCUCUACUCACAGCAUUACCAGAGGCUGAUGACAGUGGCAGAGAGCAUCACAGCCUUAAUGUUCCCCUACCAGUGGCAGCAUGUGUACGUUCCCAUUCUGCCGGCCUCCCUCCUCCACUUCCUGGAUGCUCCUGUGCCGUACCUCAUGGGUCUCCACUCCAACGGACAAGAUGACCGCACCAAGUUAGAGCUGCCGCAGGAGGCCAACUUGUGUUUUGUGGACAUCGACAACCACUUCAUUGAGCUGCCAGAGGAGCUGCCCCAGUUUCCCAACAAACUGGAGUUCAUUCAGGAGAUCUCAGAGGUGCUCAUGUCCUUUGGCGUGUCUCCAGAGGGAAAUAUCCACUCCAGCGACAGCCAGGCCAAGUACCGGUUCCGAUCCGUCGACAUGGUCUCUGAUAAGCGUAAUGGCAACCUGGCCUCUCCCCUUAACUCCUACCUGCUGAGGGAGAACGAGACCAUUGCCAGACUGCAGGCGCUGGUCAAGAGGACAGGUGUCAGCCUGGAGAAGCUGGAGGUGAGAGAGAAUGCCAGCAGCAAUAAGGACAUGCGGUUUCAUUGUGAUGAGGAGGAGCUAAAGAUGCACCAGGCCAACAUCCAGGUGCGUGAGGUCUUCGCCAACCGAUUCACCCAGAUGUUCGCAGAUUACGAGGUGUUCGUCAUCCAGCCAAGCCAGGACAAAGAGUCCUGGUUCACCAACAGAGACCAGAUGCAGAACUUUGACAAGGCCUCCUUCCUCUCUGACCAGCCAGAGCCUUACCUGCCCUUCCUGUCACGUUUCCUGGAGACGCAGAUGUUCGCCUCCUUCAUCGAUAGUAAGAUCCUCUGUCAUGAUGAUGAGGAGAAGGAGCACACGCUGAGGGUGUUUGACUCCCGUGUGGAUAAGAUCCGCAUGCUGAAUGUGCGCACGCCCACGCUGCGCACCUCCAUGUACCAGAAAUGUACAAACAUCGAAGAAGCAGAGAAAGCCAUUGAGAUGAGAGUUGCAAAGAUCGACCACACGGCCCUGCACCCCCACCUGCUGGACAUGAAGAUCGGUCAGGGCCGCUACGAGCAUGGCUUCUUCCCCCGACUGCAGUCUGACGUGCUCUCAACGGGGCCGACCAGCAACAAGUGGACCAAAAGGAGCGCCCCUGCCCAGUGGAGGAGGCGAGAUCGGCAGAAGCAACAUGCUGAGCACCUUUAUUUAGACAAUGACCAGAGAGAGAAGUACAUCCAGGAAGCUAGAAACCUGGGCACCACCAUCAGACAGCCCAAACUGUCCAACCUGUCACCUUCAGUCAUCGCUCAGACCAACUGGAAGUUUGUGGAAGGGUUGCUAAAGGAGUGCAGAAACAAGACCAAGCGUAUGCUGGUGGAAAAAAUGGGUCGGGAGGCCGUGGAGCUGGGUCACGGAGAGGUCAGCAUCACCGGCGUGGAGGAGAACACUCUGAUUGCGAGUUUAUGUGAUCUGCUGGAGAGAAUCUGGAGCCACGGGCUGCAGGUUAAACAGGGUAAAUCUGCCUUGUGGUCCCACCUGCUGCACUAUCUGGAGAGCAAGGAGAAGAAAAAUGCAACUCCAGGUAGUUUGGGACCUCCAGGUUUCAUUCAUGACACUGAGAGGCGCAAAUCUGAUGGUGGUAGUUUAGCCAUGGCCCCUCUGAAAGUCUCCCUGAUCCAAGACAUGAGACAUAUUCAGAACAUCAGUGAGAUAAAGACAGAUGUGGGCAAAGCCAGAGCCUGGGUUCGUCUGUCUAUGGAGAAGAAGCUGUUAUCCAGACACCUGAAGCAGCUGCUGUCAGACCACGAGCUUACAAAAAAACUGUACAAGCGAUACGCCUUCCUCCGCUGUGACGAUGAGAAGGAGCAGUUCCUCUACCACCUCCUGUCUUUUAAUGCUGUCGAUUACUUUUGUUUCACCAACGUCUUCACAACCAUCAUGAUCCCUUACCAUGUGGUGGUGGUUUCCAGUAAGAAGCUGGGUGGCUCCAUGUUCACAGCCAACCCUUGGGUUUGCGUGUCUGGUGAGCUGGCAGAGACGGGAGUCCUGCAGGUCCCCAGAAACACUCUGGAGAUCACUUUUGAGUGUCAGAACCUGGGCAAGCUGACCACCGUGCAGAUGGGUCACGAUAAUUCAGGGCUCUACGCAAAGUGGCUGGUGGAGUCUGUUAUGGUCCGCAAUGAGAUCACAGGGCACACUUACAAGUUUCCAUGUGGCCGGUGGUUAGGGAAGGGCGUGGAUGACGGCAGUCUGGAGAGGAUCCUGGUGGGUGAGCUUAUGACCCCUGCCUCGGAAAAUGAUGAGAGGAUGUGCCGGACUCCCCCCAUGCAGCAGUCGCCUGGGAUGAUAAGGAGGUUUGUCACCAUCUCACCAAACAGCAAACCAAAGUUAAAUACAGGUCAGAUCCAGGAGGGAGUCGGAGAGGCCAUCAAUGGGAUUGUGAAGCACUUCCACAAACCGGAGAAGGAGAGAGGCAGCCUGACUCUCCUCCUCUGUGGCGAGUACGGCCUUGUCUGGGCUCUGGAGCAAGUUUUCCAGCACGGUUUCAAAUCACCCAGACUCUUUAAGAAUGUCUUCAUCUGGGACUUUUUGGAAAAGUCACAAGUGUACUUUGAAAGUGCGGAGCAGCGAGAGGUGGCUCCGGAUGAAAACUGGCAAACCAGAGUUCGCCACUUCUGUCGUUUCAUGCGAGCCAUCAACAACACGUCACGAAACAUUGGCAAAGAUGGAAAGUUCCAGAUGCUCGUCUGUCUGGGUGCAAGGGACCAUUUGCUGCAUCACUGGAUCGCUCUGCUUGCAGAUUGUCCAAUCACCACUCAGAUGUACGAGGAAGUCGCACUAAUAAAGGACCGCUCAUUGGUAAACUCUCUGAUCAGAGUACUACAGACUCUGCAGGAGUUCAACAUCACCCUGGAGGCGUCGCUUGUCAAAGGUGUUGGUAUCUGAAGUGAACCAACCAAGAUCACUGGGGACCACUGAAGAGAAUAACUGAACCUUUUUUAUGCAGGAACCCACUUGAACAAAGGACAUUUUCUGGCUUAUAUUAAAGCUACUGUUACAUUUGCCAUAUAUAUUAAGUGCAAUGAGCCUUUCAAGAUAUGUUGUUAUUUUUAUCCUCAACGAUGUUGCCAUUAGAUGUUAAAAAUAUGUUUUCUAUUAUGAACCCUGAUUUUCACAUUAUUGACGAUGACCUACUCGUGCUAUAAUGUUUUAUUGAAAGCUAAAUAUUUUCAUUGUUAUCGUGAACUGCUGACAAUGGCUAUAUUUAAGGGAAAGUGAGGAUCAAACUGUUAAUAUAUUUUCAGAGAAAAACAGUAUUAUUUUGUUAAACCAGUCAAGUUGCUUGCUCUGUUGUCAACUCAGAUUCCAAUGUCAUUACACGGAGCUUGAAGCAAAUGAUGCAGAGGUAUGCUUUAUAAGUAUGUGUUUGACAGGGGGGCUGUAGUGUGAGGAUGACUCACCUACAUAGGAAUGAAAAGGCUGUCACAUUUGGCCAAUUCCCUGAGAAAUUUACAAGUGUGCAGAUCUUUUACAUUUAAUACCUAGAAAGAGUUGAUCCUUUUUGCAUGAUAAUAAGACUGUGGCUAAAGCCUGUUGGACCCUUUUUUUUAAGUUGGAUAAGGGAGAAUACCUACAGUCCUCCAAAAGAUGCUUGACCUUGCUUUGUGUGCAAAGUGGAUUAAACUGGCAGCCUUCGUGUAAAUACCUCCAACCAACCCUUUCCGCCUACCUACACUACAGCUGUCCUCUUCUCUGAACUAUGACAGUGUGGUGAUCCGUGUCGACUGCUCAUAAAGAAUUAUCUCAUUCUCCGCACGUGAAGAGCAAAUGGAGACCGAUCAUUUCCCUAUCCUGAUUUUGCCAUCAUGGUUUCUUGCUAUGCAAUAUCCACAAGGAACAUUCAACCCUCUUCAAACUCCAUUUUGAGGUGUCUUGGAUAGUACCAGGCCCUCCUCUGUUACAUGCAUUGAACUUGACUGUGCAGAACAAGAGAUCUGAUAUGUGAAGAACUUCUUUUCUGUGCCAACGUCUGGAAUGACUGUGUUGUACUCGUCCGUGUACGACCCACACAUGAGCAUCUUGGGAGAUAUAUAUUUUUGUUUUCCAAUACUGUUGUACAUUUAUUGGCAUAGCUGUGUAAUGUAGUGUUUACUAAGUGAGCAACAGUGUACAGUGUAAAAAAAAUAUAUUAAGAAAUAAAGCAUCUGUAAUGGGUUUAAGUGAA